AUGAUGCUGUGGCGGGCGUGUACCAACUCCCUACCCACUCGCGACAAAGUUGGUUGUGGCUCUGAAACUUUAUGCCCGCUUUGUAAAUUGGACAUUGAAACACCCUGGCACUUGUUUGUGAAAUGUCCUUUUACCUCUGCUCUUUGGUUUGCAGGUCCCCUGCCUUUAUGUGUUAGCAACAUCCCUGAAACGGAGUUGGUGGAGUUUAUUGCAAACCUUUGCAAUAAUGCAAAUUAUGAGUUGAGAACUUCUAUCCUUAUCUACUCAGCUAUUAUUCUCGAGACUACAUGGAAGUACAGGAAUCAAGUGAUUCACUCCCCCUAUGCCGUUCAGCUCUGUAUUAAUCGGGCCCUAGCCAAUGUGGUUUCCAGAUUUCAUGAAAUGACUCCGAAAGUUGGCCAACAUACUCGGUUGGAGGUGCCCCUACCGGAGCCCCCUCCAUCUCUAUCCAUUCCAACUGAUCGUGUUGUUAUUGUUGAUGGUUCGUUUGAUAAUGGGCUUUACGGGUGUGCUUUCGUGGUCCAAACCAGAGGAAGUUCGGAUUGGGUGUGGGGCUCAAAUGCUGGUACCUGUUUUAAUGCUCUGGCGGCUGAGUUAGAGGCUAUAAGGUAUGCAAUGAUAUGGGCAGUCAAUCAACAUGAGAAGGAAGUAUCCAUCGUCUCAGAUUCCAAGAUCCUGGUUCAGGCACUGAAUCAGAAGAAGUGUCCUGAUUGGCACUUAUUUGCUACUUUUUCCUCGGUUUUAAGUUUAUUAUCUUCUUUUACUGUUUGUAAUUUCCUGUUUGUUAAGAGAUGUUUCAUCUCCAAUGUGGACAAGCUUGCUAAUGAGUCGCGUCACUCUCGUAGCAGCUCUUUGAACUGUAAAGGGGAGGGAUUUCCCCCUGUAAAUCCCAUCAUCCUUUGGAGUUAA